AUUCCUUAAAAUUCUCUCCACACUAACAAGUUGACUUGAGAAACAUAGAUUAAGGAAGAGGAAGAGGAAGAGGAAGAAUCAGAAAAAAGAAAAAGAAGAAGGGGAGGAGGAGGAGCUUGCAUUGCAUUUGGUUUUGCUGAGCAAGUUCAUCAUUUGAUCACUGCCAAAACUAAUGGGCCUCACCGGCACCAUAGAGACACUCACCGUGAGGUCCAUGAGCUUAAGUACUGAAGAUUCAGAACCUCAUAAGAAGUCUAAUGGGUUAUUAGACUAUGAAAAAAGUAUGGAAAGGUCAAUGAGCUUCAAGAACUGGGAUCCCACAGAAGAAAAACUCAAAGCAGCUUCUGAUACAUAUGAUGAGAAAUCACAUUUGGUUUCUUCAGUUGGUAGAAACUGUGAAAAAAUGCACAUCAAGAAACCCACAAUUCUGCUUCCUGAACCGAUCAUGUUGUUUUCUCCAAAGCUGGAGGCUAGUGAACGCGAUGCUGCAGCAACCAGGCUUCAGAAAGUGUACAAGAGUUACAGGACUAGGCGCAACCUUGCAGAUUGUGCAGUUGUUGUUGAGGAACUCUGGUGGAAAGCCGUAGACUUGGCAAGUUUAGAACGAAAUUCGGUGUCAUUCUUCGACAUUGAGAAACAUGAAACUGCUGUGUCAAAGUGGACAAGAGCUAGGAAAAGGGCAGCCAAGUUAGGGAAGGGGUUGUGCAAGGAUGAGAAGGCUCAGAAACUAGCCCUGCAGCAUUGGCUUGAAGCUAUUGAUCCACGCCAUCGGUAUGGACACAAUUUGCAAUUCUAUUACGAUGUGUGGACUGCUUGCAAGAGCUCUCAACCUUUCUUCUACUGGUUGGAUGUUGGUGAUGGUAAAGACACAAAUGUCAAGAAGUGUCCAAGGCCUGAUCUACAGCACCAGUGCAUCAAAUAUCUUGAACAGAGGGAGAGGGAAGCAUAUGAAGUGAUCAUAGAGGACGGCAAGCUAGUGCAGAAGCAAUCAGGGUUACUUGUUGACACAGAUGAAGGGUCAAAGUGGAUAUUUGUGCUGAGCACAUCAAGGUCUUUAUAUGUAGGCCAGAAAAAGAAGGGUGCUUUUCAGCAUUCAAGUUUCCUGUCUGGAGGGGCUACUACUGCAGCUGGAAGAUUAGUUGCUCAUAAUGGGGUUCUUGAGGCUAUAUGGCCAUACAGUGGUCACUAUCUUCCAACCGCAGACAACUUCAGGGAAUUCAUUGGCUUCCUGAAAGAGCACAAUGUAGACCUAACUAAUGUCAAGAUGUAUGCUGUUGAUGAAGACAAAGCAUAUCAAAAUGAAUGCUCUAUGCCAGAGGUGACAGGUUCAUCCACAACCAAAGUGACCUUGGAUGAUUCUAACAGUGGUGCUGCCAUUGAAGUUCCAGCAGAUCAUCAUCAACAACAAUUUGAGAGCAAUGGGAGUAGUUCUAGUAGUAAUGCAGAUGAUGUAGAAGAAGAACAAGCACAAGUAUUUGACAUGACAAAGCGCUUAGCUUGCAAGUGGACCAGUGGGCUUGGGCCACGUAUUGGAUGUGUGAGGGACUAUCCAGCUGACCUUCAAUGCCUAGCUCUUGAGAAAGUCAAUCUAUCACCAAGAGUCACAUUGGGCCGCCGUGAAAGUUAUACCCCAAUCCCUUCACCUAGACCAGGCUCAAAGAUCAGGGUCUCACCUAGGCUUGCAUAUAUGGGCCUCCCCAGCCCAAGGGUAGCUAAUUCCGCUCCGACAUUUUAGGCCCCGUUUGGUUCAGAAAAACGGUAUUUACCACCUCGAGCUAAAGGACUAAUUUCAAACCCUCUAGUCCGGUUGGGUUUGCUUUUGGUUUCCUAAAAACUACUUUCUGAAAACAAAAGAGACCUAGCUCUCGACUGUGAUGGGGUACAUCUUGUUCCCGAACUUGUUUAGGGUUUAGGGAGUCAUAGGAACGAAGCCGAACUUGUUAUUCUUUUAUUUCUUUGUCACUCUUUAAAAUAAUUUUUCUUGCAAAUUUGUAUAUAUGCU